GUCAGUCAGGCACAGACUGCGCAACGAGCAACACCGCAUCUCGUCUUCGUCUUCGUCUCCUCGAUUUUGCCUUCGCCUUCGAGAUUGCGCCUUGAGAUAUAAUAUAUAAAUUCGUUCUGAAACUAAUCGGUUAAUUAGCACCUCGCAACGCUCACUUAUGACUCUUGACAAAGUGUCCGAAAACCGUCUAGACCCAAAGUGAUAACCAAAGUGACACACGAACUCCAAGACUGAGUUUCCGCCGGUUUUGCGCCGGGACAACUUCACGGAUCUUGGAGCCCCAGAAAUUAUGACCGUAACCGCUUUUGCUGCCGCCAUGCACAGACCCUUCUUCAAUGGAUAUUCUGCCAUGCAAGACAUGAACAGCGGCCAAGGGCGCGUAAAUCAACUAGGAGGAGUUUUCAUCAACGGUCGUCCUUUGCCCAACAACAUCCGCUUGAAGAUCGUCGAGAUGGCCGCCGAUGGCAUUCGACCCUGUGUGAUCUCCAGACAACUGCGCGUCUCGCACGGAUGCGUAUCGAAGAUCCUGAAUCGCUACCAGGAGACGGGCUCCAUUCGCCCGGGAGUCAUUGGUGGCUCCAAGCCGAGGAUCGCCACGCCAGAGAUCGAGAAUAGAAUCGAGGACUACAAGCGCAGCAACCCGGGAAUGUUCUCCUGGGAGAUCAGGGAGAAGCUGAUCCGCGAGGGAGUCUGCGAUAGGAGCACGGCUCCCUCGGUUUCGGCCAUUUCGCGCCUGGUGCGCGGUCGCGAUGCUCCGCUGGACAACGACCUGUCCUCCGCCUCGGGAUCUCCCACUGGAGCUGUGACCAAGGCCUCCAGCUCCUGCGGAUCGGACAUAUCGGGUGGCCACCACCACAGCAGCAACACCAACAAGCCCUCCGAUGAGGACAUCUCCGAUUGCGAAAGUGAGCCGGGAAUCGCUCUGAAGCGGAAGCAACGCCGCUGCCGCACCACCUUCUCCGCCUCCCAGCUGGACGAACUGGAGCGGGCCUUCGAGCGGACCCAGUACCCGGACAUCUACACCCGCGAGGAGCUCGCCCAGCGCACCAAUCUCACGGAGGCGCGCAUCCAGGUGUGGUUCAGCAAUCGGCGUGCCCGCCUCCGCAAGCAGCACACCUCCGUCUCGGGUGGAGCUCCGGGUGGAGUCUCCUCCGGCGUCCAUGUGGCCACCGCCUCCUCGCUGCCCAGUGUGGUGUCGAGUGUUCCGAGCAUGGCUCCCCUCUCCAUGAUGCCGGGAUCCCUGGACGCAGCCAGUGUUUACCAGCAGCAGUACGACUUCUACGGCAGUGCCGCCAACAUUUCCGUAUCCGCCGGCGCUCCUACGGCGCCGAGUAGCAAUCUCUCGCCGGAAAUCACCACCACGCCGCCCCAUCACCACCAUUUCUACAAUCCCAACGGCAGUGGAGCUUCCUACCUGAUGCCGGGCGAGACUGGCAACACCACUCCCACCGGAAACAUCAUCGUAUCUAAUUAUGAGACACAACUAAGUUCGGUUUACGGAACCGAAACGGAAACCCACUCGGCGAUGCCACGCAACGAGAGUCCCAACGAGUCGGUGUCCUCCGCCUUUGGCCAGCUGCCGCCCACCCCCAACAGCUUGUCCGCGGUGGUCAGUGGACCUUCCGGGGGCGGUGGAGUGACCUCCAGCUCGGGCGCCGAUCCCUCACAGUCGCUGGGCAACGCCAGCGCUGGAAGUGAGGAGCUGUCGGCGGGUCUGAAGGUGGAGACCGUCGACCUGGUGGCGGCCAGCCAGUCGCAGUUGUACGGCGGGUGGAGCUCCAUGCAGGCACUGCGUCCCAAUGCCCCCCUGUCGCCGGAGGACUCCCUCAACUCGACCAGUUCCACGAGCCAGGCGCUGGAGGUGGCCGCCACCCACCAGAUGUUCCAUCCGUACCAGCAUACGCCGCAGUAUGCCGCGUAUCCCUCGGCGCCGGGACACGCCCACUCGCAUCCGCAUCACGGACAUCCGCAUGCACAUGCCCCGCAUCUGCACGCACAUCCGCACGCGCAUCCGCAGUACGCCGGCUCACAUCCGCACUAUCCGCCGCCCACUUCGUCGUCGCACUUCAUGCCGCAGAACUUCAAUGCCGCCGCCUUUCCCUCGCCCUCGAAGGUCAACUACCCAACGAUGCCGCCGCAGCCAUUCUACCACUCCUGGUACUGAACAGGGAUCCCCAUCGGGAUCAGGAGUCAGAUCCUCCACCUCCUCCUCCAGGAUCAGGAGCAGGUGUCACCAGAUCGCCAAAGAUGUAAAUAGCUGGGGGGAAAAGAAGAAAUAUUUCCGUAUCGUAGGGGGGCAGUACAGACAUUUUCCAUCUGGGAAAACCUCUGACAGACUCGCCCCCAAAAUAGUUCCAAUUCGUUAGAAAUAAGUAUAGUUACUAUUAUGUGUUUAUAUUAAGUAGAAGUUAAGUACAAGUUAAGUACAAGUUAAGCUGAAUAGACUAAGUAGCAAGUGCCUUGAAAAUAAAUACAACUAUGCUAAUUUAUCCCGUA